AUGGCGCCGCCGGCUUCUAAGGCAUCGCCGGUCCCCUGUGCUCGGGGCGUGGGGUUGGCCGUCUUCUUUCUGCUGCUUGCCUCGGUCGAGGGAGACGGAAAGUUAUUUGUCCUUGGACCCAGGAACAGCUCCCAGAAUCUGGAUUUAGCAAUGGCUCAGCAGUUAUGUGCUACUGUAGGAGCUCAUUUAGCCAGCGCAGAAGAACUGAGAAGAGCUGUCAGGGAUUGUUCCUUUGCUGUGUGCACCAGUGGUUGGCUAGCUGAUGGCUCUAUUGGGACAACUGUAUGCAACAGAACAGGCAUCAAGCCACAGAGCAUGAAAGUUAUUGAAGUUCACCUUGAAAUGGAUCCUUUGCCUGGUGGCAGAUAUGAUGCUUUUUGUGUGAAGGUUGAAGGCCGGCCAUGUGGGGAUCCUCCAUCCUUCCCUCAUGCCAUUCUUCAUGAUCACACUGGGUUUGAAAUGGGAGAUGAACUGCAUUAUGUCUGUGCCCAUGGAUAUGUUAUGAGUAACAAAGACAUGGCUUUUACUUUGCUGUGUCACACCUGUGGGGAAUGGUUUGGUCAAGUCCAGGCUUGUGUCAAAGAUGAAACUGAGAGACAUAUUGAUUAUGAAGAUAAUUUUCCUGAUGACCGAUCCAUGCCUAUUGAGGAACAUAUCAAGAAGGAAGAGGAAAAGGAACAUAAACCGGAGCAAAUUUCAGAGGAUGGCAACAAGACUGAACCUGCUGAUGGCAAUAACCACAUUGGUGAGAAAACUGUGUACAGUGAACAGGGCAACAGAAUGAUAUACAAAAGUGAGGACUUCCUCAUUGAACCCAUCAUUGUGAGUAAUGAUACAAAAGCAACAAAAAGCAUAGAUUCUAAUGCAAAUGAUUCCUGGCUUGACGGUUACCCUGUUACUCAAGAAGCAGUUGAAGCACAGGAAGAGAAAGCAGAUAAAAUGGUUGAAUCUAUGGGGACAGAAAAUAUCACUACUAAUCCACCAAAUUUUGUAGGAGUUAGAAAAACAAGUACCAGCAGCCUAGAAAAGGAUUUUACACAGACUGGAACAGUUCCAUCAAGGACACGUGAUAAGGUCAAAAAAAUACCAGUAAUGCUGUUGCCAACAAUUGGUCUAGAGAAUGUGAACAUAAGCAAAGAUUCUGAUGAUGUCCUCAGUUAUGACCUAACAAGACCAAUGGAACUCGCAUCUGUAACUACAGUGACUACCUUGAAUUUGGCCACCUGGGAAACUUCUACAAUGUUCCAGCUUGUUGAUCACAUUCUAUUGCCAGAGGAAGACGAAACCAUGGUUUCCCUAAUGCAAACUAUUACUACUGCAGCUUCUCAAAAUGCAUCUACUGAUACAAUAACAGAUGAUGAGACAGAAGCUCUGACCUAUGGACUAGAUGGAAAGCAUAUAACCACUUUUGAACCAUGUACAGGAGUAGAUUGUUCCAGCGUAGAUAAAGGCCUUAUGAUAGCUAUUGGGAUAACAGCUGUCUGCUUGCUUUUACUUGCCACACUUUUGGCAGCCUGGUGCUUCAAGAAGAGGCAGCAGAAGAUCUCUGUGUAUAAACUAAAUGGAAAAGAUUAUACUAGGUACCAGUUGCAACAAAUUGAAAUGCAGAAGAUUUAG